AUGCCACUUGAAGUUUAUCACCUCCAGCUCUCUCAGUCGGAGAGAAUUGUAUGGCUCAUCGAGGAGAUGGGAAUUCCCUACAACUUGCACGUCUUCAAGCGAAAUCCCCAAACUGCUCUAGCACCGGAUGAGUUGAAGGCGAUCACACCAUAUGGUACUGCGCCCUAUUUUAGAGACACAUCAAAGAUUCCCGAAGUCGCCUUGUCAGAGUCGUCAGCCAUAGUUUCGUAUAUUGUCUCCGUGUUCCCUUCCGCGCCUGGUCACCCGCGUCUCAUCAGAACCCCGGAUGAUCCGGACUACUCGACUUACCUACAAUGGUUUCAUUACGCCAACGGUUCCCUCCAACCUUCCAUCGCGCAACAAAUAACGAUGAUACUCUCCGGACUUGGUGAAAGUAUCGCUACGAAGAUCUACCGCAGCCGACUCCUCAACCAGCUCAAGCUAGUUGAUGAGCAUUUAGCGAAGAGCAAGUGGUUUGCAGGCGAGGAGCUUAGUGCUGCGGACUGUAUGAUAAUGUUCAGUCUUUCGACGCUGCGCGGUUUCAGCCCGGUUGACCUAGGCCCGUAUCCAAAUAUUUUAAGAUGGAUGAAGGACGUAUCGUAA